AUGGUUACAGAAAACGAAAUCACGACGAUGUUCGAGCCACUUGCCAGAGGCGACAUGGCAUCCUUCCUUGCCAACAUAGAGCCUGAUGUGGACUGGACGGUGAAAGCGGCAUUUCAGGAGGGGACAAAGCCUCUAUCCGCAACUUGGGCUGGGCCAUUGCACCUCGAGGUGCAGAACAUUAUUGUCAGUGGGAACCAGGCGGCUGUAGAGCUGAAAGCAGUCAAAACUCGGAUCAAGAAUGGACAACCGUUCCCCAAUGAGUAUACUUGGAUCCUUGGGUUUAAUGAGAAAGGCAAAGUCGCAACUGUACGAGCAUAUAUGGAUACGGAUCUUGUAACCCGUGUAAUUGACUCUGUGGCUGCCUGA